AUGGAAAUAUUUUCAUAUAGAAAUCAAUUAAUCUCAACAAUUUAAGGUUUCACUGAUCCAGAAUUUAAUUAAAAAAUGGAACAUCCUGAUGAUUCGACAUCCUUAGUUAUUUAUAAUAGAGAAUAUUAAUUAUUAUAUUAGUUAUAAUAAUUAUUAGGAGAUGAAAAUUAUAAAUUAAUGUUGAAACAUAUCAAAUAACAAAACAUCGAUAAAUAUGAUUUCUACUGA